CUUCCGCAUAAAUACUCGAUACCAUAGUUUAUGUAGUUGUCAUGAUCUUUAUAAACUGUAUAUAUUAAUUAAUGUGGGUGCUUUUUAAUAAAUUAAUUAUCGACUACGCAAUUGCAUAGACAGCCAAUUUGGAACAUUCUUAUCAGCAAAUGACGGUGUCACAUUAUUAUUGUUCCGUGUGUGACCGCUCAGGGUACCACAUGCUGUCUAGAUAAAGUCCUUAUUGUACUGAAGACAUUAAAGGUUUAAUAAUGCAUGUUACGCAGGACUUAGAACUGUUUCCCGAAUACACGGUAACUCAGCUGCUCUUCAAAGAUGUAAAAAAUGCGACGGAGUUGAGAAAAAUGGCAGUAAACGGAGAAAUAAAAGGCGCCUUGAUUAACCCAUCAAUGGUUGUGGAUGCGUUCCAGAUCCUGGUGGCGGCAAACAAAGCAGUUCACCUACAUAAAAAUGGAAAAAUGAAAACCCGGAGCCUUUACUCGGAAAUCAUUUUCAAUCUCUCCCCCACAAACAACAUAUCCGAGGCGUUCAAAAGGUUUGGGAUCUCGGACGGCGACAGCGCGGUUCACGUUGUGUUAGUACACGGCAAAGACGAGACCCUCGACGUCGAUGGAAUCGUCUCAAAGGUGGACGGGCAACAGAUUGCCGUUGAUCGAGUGUCGGGUUUAACUGAUGUUGCGAAGAUUAAAAAGCUCUACAAAGUCGCACCGCAGGAGGAAAAGUGCGGCAGCCUUUUGGACGCGGUUGUUUGCAGGAUGGCCACUAAAGAUGUCGCGUAGAUGCGUCGAUAUGUUGAUAUAUCUCUAUUUUAAAUAAAACCAACUUCACGAA